AAUAUGGUUUAAUAAUAUAAAGUUGUUGGUUUAAUGCCUUAUUACAUUUCUUGUUCAUUUGCUUAUUCAGACGGAAAGUGUCACUAUAUUAAUACAUUAUAGUAUCAAGCAAUAUGUCAGACGUUGAUCCAGUCCAAACCGAUGUUGCUGUGGCCGCGGAUUCGCCCUUUAUUAAUAUAAAGGCGAAAAUGCCUUUCGUAGAUUGCCAAUUAAACGUUGACAAUCAAGGAUAUUUCACCGCUAAGAUCGGUGGAAACGCAGUGCUGCUCACGACCGCGUUACUUGAUAAAAUCGCAUAUUCUGAUAUAAUAGCUAUGUUGCCCAUUGGAGGUUCUGUUUUGGCACUCUGCUUUGCUCUGUACCAUCUUCGGUACAACGCCGGCCCGUUUUCUCAAGAUGGCGGUACACAAUUUGCUGUGAAAGACAACGCAAACAGAUUGAUGCAGCUUCGUGAAGAACUAAAAAAUGGUUCUUUUCGAGAAAAUAUCGAAAGCAAAACAAAUGCUUUCAUCAAAAAACAUCCUGGCAAACUUUCAGUCAAGGAGUUAAAGAUAGAGUCUUGUGAAGAAAUUGAAGUGAGUCAAGGUGCUGCCCAGUUUUCAAUGCACAACUCAGAACUAACGGGUACUGUCAUGCACUCGAUCCGCUCUGCUGUUGUCGAGGAUGCAAGUGGUGUAGAAGCGUUUAUGAGGGAGGCAGCUGGUGGUGACAAUCAACGUGGUGUACCGUUUGCGAGUAUUAUUAUGAGCGGCAUGACAGUGAAGGAUUCUGUAGUGGCUUCAGAAAGUUCAAUCAUUCAGAAAUCGAAAAACAAAUAGGAGGGUUCGUAUUUGAAAAAUUGAACCAGGAAAUGGCUUAUAUUGUUUAAAAACAUGCUUAAUAAUAAUAACUCGAGGAACUCAAUUCUAGUUUUAAACGAUGGCAUAAUCUAGCAUCUGCCUUAUGUAAAUAAUAUGUUAAACCCAAUUUUAAAUCUAAAAAAUAUUAAACUGGUGUUUUGGACCUCUCUCUUUAUUGUGGCCUGUGUUGGUAAUUGUGUGUCGCGCUUGUUCUAUCGUUGUAUACAAAUACACCUGCAAAAGU